GUUUAGUGUUAUUUGUGAUGACUCUUUGCUCCGAUUUAAUGCGGAGUCCGCGGAUAGGAGUUAUGUCUGGACAUUCAAAAAAAAAAUUUAAACAGCAACAACAAAUGACUAUUAAUCAUGCUGAGAAAUCAGACGAUACUGACUCUGGAUAUUUAAGUAGAGCGACAAGUGUCGAAAAAUUGUCAACUGAAAGUACACAUGAUACAAAAUCCUCCUCCUUAUCCAUUGAAUCUCUUCAAUUAUCAGUUGAUGAAACCUACUCAGACAAACAGCAUCAGUCACAACGUAGAAGUUCAUCAGGACAAAAAUUAGUAAAGUUAUUAAACGUUUUUGCACCAUGUCGAAAUCGUAUUGCCCGACGGAGUAGAUCAUUUGGUGAUAUAAAUAAAACAAUGAAAUCUAAUCACAAAUUUAAUUGGAAGUUUAGCAGCUGUUCAUCACAAUUAAGGGUCUUGCCAGUACCUGCUCCAUUAGUUACAUCACGUACAACCUUAUCGAUUGGACGUCAAAAUGAUAUUUCAAAUGAAUCAAUCCCUGAUACGCCUUUCUCGCCAACAACUUCAUUUCUAACUACUUCAAAUUGUUCUUAUUCGACACAACUGGAUAUUUUAAUCACUGAACCAAAUCAAGAUAUGUAUGAAUUUCGAAGACGUUGGCCAUCAUCUUUCCUAGCUUUAAUUACAAAUUAUUUAGGCUUUUUGGUAUUCACCUCAGAUGAACUGGAUCAAAUACGUGAUUUGCUGAUUAAAGAUUCUAAACAACCUAACAGUCAUUAUUAUCCGACUUCGUCAACAUCAUCUGGAUCAGAAAAUCUAGAUAUCAGUUGUAGGUUAGAAAGUAACAACAACAGCAAUACCAGCAAUACAACUGGAAGCAAAACACAAUCUACUCCAAGAAAAAUGCUUAGUCGAUUGAGAGAACAAAAGCAAAACACCUCCAAAGACAAUGAAAUCGACCAUUGGUAUAUUGUUGUCAAUACUAUUCUUCGUUUUCUCCUUUCAAAUAAACACUACAAACAUCGGUUUAUAUUUCGACGCCCAGGAAAUCAAUCAUGUGUAAAUGACUUGGAAAAAGCUUUAUUCAAUCAACAACGACCCUCCUCAGUGUCUUCAUCGUCAUCAUCAUCAUCACAAUUUCCUUCCUUUUCAUCUUCUGUUCCCACUUCCACCGCUUCAACAACCUUUACCUCAUCAACAACGUCUUCAGUAUCUCUGUUAAAGAAUAAUUCAGUUCAAUAUGAAGUGAAUAAUUCAACAGAAGUGAAUGACAUCAACAAAAUAUUAUUGGAACAUGAUCCGUCUGUAAUCGCUUGUCUGUUGGCUCGUGUUCUACGUAGACAAGGUAUUGGGUUAAUACCUAAUCCACUACGUCGAUUGUUUAUUCAACUAAUAAGUGGUGUUAAAGAGAAUGAAGUACACCAGCGUCGUGCUAUCCGUCUACUAUUUCUUCUAUGUCCAAUACGCUUAGUUAAUCAAAUAAUUAAACCAUUAUUUGAAUUAAUGGCUAAUGUUGCAAAUGAACCAGACUGUGAAGUGGAUGAAACAAGCUUAGCUGUACUAUUCUCACCAAUUUUCUUUUUGGAUCGUUCAACAACUACACCGAUAGCGUUAGCUAAUCCCUUGCCAAUUCGUGUACUUGAUUUAUGCGUUCGAUUAGCUAAAGAAGAAUUAAAAAUUAAUUCGUCUGUAACAAAAUUAUUUCAAAUCCCUAUUUUAUUUCUACAUGAUUGUACAAAAAAUUUAGUUACACAUCAGACAUCAAACAGUCCUGCUUUGUGUUGUAGUCUUAAGUACUGUGUUACUAUGACACCAAGUCCACGUUCACAAGGCAAAAAGCUGAAUGAAUCAUCCGUGUCAAAAUCAGACAAUUCAACAAUGAACACAAAGCCAAACAGUCCUAGGGUAAAUUUAACCGCUGCAUUCCUCGCUAAAAAACCUAGAGCGAAUUCACCUAGCACUAGUUCCAGUGAUUGUGUUACACCAGUUGUUAAAAAUGCUUUACAUGGUCCAACACUUGACUUCCGUGUACGUCGAACACCCACACAUACUGCUGUACGUAGUCAAGCUUCAGCUAUGAUUCGUUCUCCUAUAUCAGCAAUCUAUACAAAUUCAGUGGGAAAACUGUCCAAAGCAGAUCAUCGAAUGGUGUAUUUAUAG